AUGGAGAACAUUAUAGAAGCUUUUGAAAAACUUGACACAAAAAUUCGCAACAUUGAAGAAUCUAUUACAGUUUUGUCACACUUGCCUGCAGUUAGUGAUGAUGUUAAAAAUCUUGAAGAUUUUCUCAAGGAAAAUAAGGAUUUGACUGCGAAAAUGAAGAAAGCUCAUAAGGAACACCAUGAACAUUUAAUGGCUGAGUAUAAGGAAGUAAACGCAACAAUGUCCCGAUGUAAUCUUAAAAUGUUAUAUCUGUUAAAAUGUUUGGAAGCAAAAAGUGAAGCUGCAAAAGAUGAACCGAGAACAAAGACUCGAGUUGAUUCGUUGAAGUUGGUAAUAAACCCAAACAAUAAUCGCGUUACUAUCAAUGAAUUCAUCAAAUCGCCUUUAUCAAAAACUCGAAUAAGAACCAAGCUUCAGUUCUCUGAUUUUGAAACUGAGAUAACCGAUGAGGAUUUUGAUACAAUUUCUUCUUACAUGAAAGGGCGCAUCACAUUGAAUGAGUUGACAGAAUUUCUCAACAACGUCAUCAUUCAAGCGUUCAACGAAAAGUAUCAAAUUCUAAAUCAACAUUCGGAAGUCCUUACCAUAGUGGAACGAAGUCUUCAAAACACCUUCAAACAACAAGCUUCUUUCUUCACUGGAUUAAAGUUUAUUACCGCUGUAGAUAUUUCUCGAGUGUUGGAUAAAAAUUUGGAAAGAAAACAUGAUCGUUACAUUCAGAUGCUGCGUCAUCUCAACAUCCUAAGAGAAGCUCGAAAAAACUCAUACGUUUGCUACAUUUGGCUGAAGUCAUAA